GAGAAGAAAAACCUCGGGGUUCUUCUGCAACAGCCUCAAAGUUCGGUGGAGAUUUCUCGAAUUAGUAAUAGCCAGGGCUUCAUCUGAGCAUCAAAGACCCUCUCUCCUUUUCUCUUCUCUCUCCUCUUUCUGACGACACCGCCGAUCUCAAAAUUAUUUAGGGCUUUGGGAAAAGGCACUAAAUUUUUCCUCAAAGUUCAUCGCUAUGAAGCUCGAUGUCAAUGCUUUGCGUUACCUCUCCAAGGAUGAUUUUAGGGUUUUAACCGCCGUAGAGAUGGGCAUGAGAAAUCAUGAAAUCGUUCCGGCUGAGCUUGUUGAUCGAAUAGCCGGCCUCAAGCACGGAGGCACGUAUAAGGUGCUGAAGAAUUUGCUCAAGCACAAGCUCGUCCACCAUGAUUCAUCAAAAUAUGAUGGGUUUCGGCUUACCUACUUAGGCUAUGACUUCCUAGCAAUCAAAACUCUCGUAAACCGGGGAGUCUUUUCCGCAGUUGGCCGCCAAAUUGGAGUUGGAAAAGAGUCAGAUAUAUUUGAGGUUGCCACUGAAGACGGGACAAUCAUGGCAAUGAAGCUGCAUAGGUUGGGGAGAAUUUCUUUCAGGGCAGUGAAGUCUAAGCGAGAUUAUCUGAUGCAUCGAAGCAGCUACAAUUGGCUUUACUUGUCACGACUUGCUGCACUGAAGGAAUAUGCCUUUAUGAAGGCUCUAGGAGAGCAUGGAUUUCCUGUUCCAGAAGCUGUGGAUUGUAAUCGGCAUUGCGUGAUAAUGUCCCUAGUUCAGGGUUAUCCAUUGGUCCAAGUGAAAGAGUUGGGAAAUCCUGAUGAAGUGUUUGAUACAAUUAUCAAUCUUGUUGUUCGUCUAGCUGAACAUGGACUUAUCCAUUGCGAUUUCAAUGAAUUCAACAUUAUGAUUGAUGACGAAGAGAAGGUUACAAUGAUAGAUUUUCCUCAGAUGGUGUCAGUUUCUCAUCGUAAUGCAAAGAUGUAUUUUGAUCGUGAUGUUGACUGCAUAUUCAAGUUCUUUAGGAAAAGGUUUAACCUUUCCCUUGAGGAGGAUAAUCAUGAUGAUGAGGGGUCAGGAUCAGAAACUGAGGAAAGCCACAGACCCUCUUUUUCUUCCAUAGCAAAGUCUACUGGUUUCCUAGACAAACAACUUGCAGCCAGUGGUUUUACACGAAAAGAUCAAGAUGAUAUUGAGAAGUUCAUUGAAGGAGGGGAGGAGCAGAAUACUGUCAGCUCCGAUGGUGAAGAACUCCCAGAGAAUGAACAACACCAUAAUGAUCCUAUAUCAACAGAGUUGUACUCUCUGCAAUUAGCAAAUCAGGAAACUCUUUCGAUAAACCAUGCUAUGGGUGAUGCUACUGAGGAGCUUCAGCAGAAUUUGGAUAAUAGUUAUGAUGAUAAGGAAGGUUUGGAUGGGGAUUCUUCACAAUUUCCAAAUAGCGGAGAUGCUCCUCCACUAGAAGAAAAGGAGGAAAACAAUGAUCUGAAGGAAGAUGAUGAUGAUGAAGAUGAAGAUGAAGAUGAUCCUGAACUUCUUAAGCGCCUGAACAAGCAAAGGCGGCGAGCUGUAGCAGCAGCUCAAGGUCGGCGAAGAUCACUUGCUUCCAGGAAUUCUUACAAGGACAAGGGUGGCAAGGCCUCCCACAAUUCCAAAGUCCAUAGACAAGCAUGCAAGUGGUGAUUACGGAUAGAUCCUUAAAUUAUUAGCCAUUUAUCCGCAUCACAGUUCAGUGAAGAUCAGUGGAGGUUGAAGAGUGAAGGAUGAAAAGAUCGUGCCAUAAUGAUGUAUCUAUUCAUUUUCGUGUUCAUCGGCCACAAGGGAGCAAGGAUACAACAUAAUUUUGGUAUGAUAUAUUAAGUCCUAAAACGUUAGCCACCGUGGAAAAAGUUUCCCUCGUUGGUUCAGGUUGUAUUGGUCGUAUAGUAAAUGAUUGCUUAUUUUUAAUCACUUAAUAGGUGGUAACGAGUGUUAUCAGUUUUUGCGAAUUCAAGUGAGGUUUGAUAAAAAGUAUAGUUUAUUGCUUCAUGA